GUGUAUCCCGGUCCUAGCUGCGUACGCGUCACUGACUUCCCCUUUUCCAUCCAAUUCUUUUCAAAUAAUUCACGAGAGAAAAAAACCUGUGUGUAGUAGUGACAUGUGGUCGAAUAGGAACGAAACUAAUUCCACCGUCCACUUAAUAAUAUUAGGACCUGAACCAGCCAAGACUAGAAUGAUUACCCGAUUUUUUCUCGUUUGCUUGCCUACCACAUAGCUCCGUUAGGCGAUAAUUAUGACGCUCGUCGGUAGCCCACGAGGCUUGCGAUCUUUCGUUCUUCCAAUUGGGCUGAUCGCUAUUAGUCUCGUGGCUUUGGCAUUAUACCGCGGUAUAGGGGGCGACGAUGGCUUUCUACGAAACCUCUCCAUGAUCAAUAAUGAGAAAACAAACCAAGCUAGCGCCCACGAGAUUCACCGUCCGACAAACACCCAUGCGCCUCCGAAGUACAAGGAAACGCCAACCUUUGCGGCCCCUUCUGCGACCGAUCCAUUCCCUCUUCUCACGAAGUCGACAGCAACACCUCCGCCCAUUCCAGAAUAUAAUGUCCCCCGUCCUGGUUUACAUCGAGAGUACGGCCUUUCUUAUACCCCGCCACUCUUCAUUGGAUUCACCCGACAAUGGCCAAUGCUUCUGCAGUGCGUGGUCGGGUAUUUGACCGCGGGCUGGCCACCUGAAUCUAUAUUUGUAGUUGAAAAUACGGGCGUACAAAAUGCGAAUGCGCAGGGAAAACUUAGUCUGCAGAAUCCCUUUUAUCUCGAUCACGCAACGUUACGCAAGCUCAGGGUCAACAUUAUACAGACGCCUGUCUUGCUUACAUUCUCGCAAAUGCAGAACUUCUUUCUGAAUACCGCUCUCUCCCGUUCCUGGCCAUAUUACUUUUAUUCGCAUCAGGAUGUGUUAGUAUUUUCGUUCGAGGAUGGGCCCGACACGUUGGAGCGUGAUGGAGAUAGGAACUGGUUCUUUUAUGAUGAGAAAGAAGAAGCGGAUAUUAUGCGCCCAGCAGCGGCUGGCCAGGAUGGAUAUAAGACCAUUUACGAGAACUGCUUGCGCGAGCUAAACCAAACUUUGGAAAGAGAGGAACGGUGGGCCUUCCGCUGGUUCCAGUAUGAUCAUCUCACGUUGGUAAACAGAGCAGCGCUGGACGCUGUAGGCGGAUGGGACUCGCUGAUGCCGUACUACGGCAGCGAUUGCGACAUGAACGCGAGGUUGGAAAUGGAUGGAUGGACCAUGAGGCAUCGUCGUGUGGGUAUAAUUAACGACGUAUCAACGGUAUUGGAGGAUCUGGCCGCGUUGUACCGUGAUCCGAACGUGAUCCCCAAAUUUAUCGAUCCGAAUCCGGCUUUUGCGCCAAAGGAGCAAUCCAAGGAGGCGCAGAAGGAGCCAUCGAAAGGGGAACAAAAUGGGACGGAUAAGGAACAGAGCAAGGACGGAAAAGGGGCGAAGGUGGAUCAGAAAAGGGAUGAGGGGGUUAAUGGUACCGAGAAUAUGAGCGUUGCCAGGUCGAUUGAGUAUUUCCGGGAGCUGAUUAAUGUUGGUAACGACAUGGGCGCAUAUAAGUAUCGCGACAAGAAGAAUUCUCGCAACUCGUGGCAGAACAGCCAGCACGGCGGAGUGGGUGAGCCCUAUUAUUAUAACCCAGAGGGAUUCGCGGCGUCGUUCUGGAUCUUGGCUGAGGCUGGCCGUGAGGUCUUCCGUCAGAAGUGGGGACACCGCGAGUGCAAUCUGGUCGAGGAAACGGCAUUGAAGCUAGAGGAUCAGUGGCUUGUCGAGAAGGACUGGGAAUAAGCGCUGUAGAAUAUACAUCUACGGGAUGUUGAUUCUAGAGGCGUUCUGCUCUAUAGAAGGGCUAUUUGGAUACUGUAUACUGGAAUGAUAUCUCCCAAGGGAUCAUUGGGCAAUAGUCAGUAAUUAUUUAUGGAUAAAGACGUUAUACUUGCACUAUAACCAACGUCUGUACAGAUUAGGUAUCUACUUAUUUAUUUCUAUGAUGCCUCUUCUUUACCAAGAAGUGUUGAUAUCUCUCGUCGCAGGUAGGUUUGCCCUAGAGGAAGGAUUCUAUAUUUUAACCAUAGUUGAAAGGAAAGCAAUGAAGAUUUAGCACCCAGUACGCCCAUAAACCUCAUUGAUGCAUGUCAGACAUGCCCGCACAAGCUCCGCAUAGCUAUAUUUUCAUGUGCCUAGUAGAAUGUGACAUCUUAGAAGCCAGGCUUGACUAUCUACUAGAGAUACGAAUCAACUUUUACUACCUUUCCCCCUUUUCAUAUCUUAGUCCCUAACUC